GUACAGGUACUUGAUUUACCUUCAGAGAGUGUUCUCGAUGGCCUAGUUGUAACCAUGUUUACUGAAAACAAGGAAGACCUGAGCAGCAGCAAUGUCAAGGUGGGAACGCACCAGGAUACCCCAACCGAAACGAUCGCUGAAGACACUUUUGCCAGGGUUGUUGUUCCCAUCGAAGCUACCCAGAUUGUCACCGUGCCAAAGGCGACUAUAGAAUCAGAGAGUUUAGCUACCCAACUCCCUGGAAGUAACCCAGGAUCAACGACCCGGUCAGGAUUGUCAGGGGAUCCAGGGAGUGUGAUCAGUGACUAUCUACGAAUUGUCUUCCUCGUAUACGUCGAUGAUGUCAUGUUCCCAUCACCAACUCUCGCCCAACUCAACCAGGAGUCGGAAGACUUCAACCGUACUGUCAACACACCGGUUGUCUCCUUAGUAAUCGGAGGGCGGAAGAUUGAACACUUGAUGGAACCCAUUAAUAUCACCUUCUCUAGACUGAUGGCUGGCUCCCGUAAUCCGACUUGUAACUUCUGGGAGUAUAGUCUUGGCAAAUGGUCUAGGACUGGAUGUGAACUGUUACCUGAUGAUUCGAUGAGAAAUUCAAUGGAAGUCGACGGCAUUGAAGAUGAAUACUACACAUGCUCCUGUGAUCACUUGACAAACUUUGCUGUUCUGGUGGACAUCUACGCGAUGGAGGUACCUCCCAACCCAUUACUGCGUGUAUCCAGUAUCGCUGGUUGCACCAUUUCAUGUGUGUGUUUGCUCAUCACACUGAUCUCCUAUCUCAGCAUCAAAAGAGUUCGGAGCUCUCAAACACACCGGAUCUUUAUCUGUCUGUGCGUCACUCUCCUUUGUUUAUACUCCACCUUCCUGGUCAUCGUGGCUCUCGACACGGAGUUCCAGCAUGCUGAGGUCGUGGGGAUACCAUGUAUCGUCCUGGCGGCACUCGUCCACUACUUCGUGCUCUCUUCGAUUACGUGGAUGGGCAUCGAGGGGUUUCAUACUUACCUGGUCAUCAUCAGAGUCUUUGAUACUUACAUACCGAAGUUUAUGAUCAAAGCUGCUGUGGUCGGAUGGGGCAUUCCGGCAGUUAUUGUUGGUUUGACUGGAGGAAUCGCUCGGAACUCGUAUGCCGUUGAAGAUUAUUGCUUCAUCCAUAAGUGGUCGUUGAUCGAUGGUCUUCUUGUACCAAUGGCCAUCAUCCUCCUUGUCGACACCGUCAUCUUCAUAUUGGCCAUACGUCACUUGAAGCAAUCUGCCAGAAAGGAAGGUCGUGUGAAGAAGGACUACAGAGACCAACGACAAGAGACCCUAGAACGAAUCCAGAAUGGUAUCGCCAUGUUGAUCCUGCUUGGCUUCACCUGGAUCACUGGAUACCUGACCCUGAUCAAUGUAGACAUCGCCAACACCCUCUUCAUCAUCUCCAACUCCUUACUAGGCUUCUUCAUCUUCGCCCUGUAUUGUCUUCGUAAGGCAACCAUCAGAGAGCGAUGGCGUCGAAUUCUUUCUUGUGGAGUCUUUAGAGAAGACCAGAACACAAAGCGGAGUUCAGGACCGACACCAAUGAAUACAAACGGGACUACAGAAACUUGUUCUUCGUCUGAGGACUCGUCUUCUGUGCAUUAUAGUAACCCAUCUUAUGCAUAUUGACGUAGUAUGCUAGUAGCUUAUACAACCAUUAAAUAGAUUUUUAUAAAUCUAUUAGAAAAGUUCUAGUCUUACAACAUGAUAUUUUUUCACAAAAGAAGCCCAUAAUUCGCAUAUUGUCUGUCCUAAUAUAAUGUACAUGUGAUUUUAAAACAUUACGUAGAUACAAAUAGAUCGUCUGUUUCGAUGGGCAAUUAUAGUAUGAUAUAUUGGACAUUUGUUAUAGUAAAGCAAACAUGAUGCUCGUAUGUUAAAAAGUGACAUUUAAUUUGUGAAUAUAACAAGAAUAAAAAUCAUAUUUUGAAGAGCAAACCAAAUUUAUAGUGAGGAGUACAUUUUUAAAUAAAAAGCAAUGUAAAUAAUAGAUCAAGUGACCAAUGCACGGUUACAAAUCUUAUAGAAGUCUGGGGUUCCUGUGAUCAUGACGAAAAUAAAAAUGAUGAGCACUUCAGUUCAAUAAAAAAAUUCGAUUAACUUUAUAAUGAAUAUUUAAUCACUCGUACCUUUUACGAUAUUAAAAAAUGUAUGAAAGUAUUUUGAAGAUAAUAAAGCAAAUUUGUUAAUUUUAAUUUGUCAACAUUGUACACAAAUAAUAAAUUUACGC